AUGGCUAGUGAGGAGAGUUUCCUAGUUCUGGUACAUUACAGAGGGUCGAUUAAAAGAAAAACUCAGUCCGGCGUGAAGUUCACUGAUAAGGAUCCCCUAUGUAUUAUCGUGACGCCGACAACCACCUACGAUGCACUUGUUAGCUCUGUGCUGGAGAAGCUGGGUGUUGAAGGCGUUAAACGGGUCAAGAAGUUUUUCUACCGCAUUCCAACAGCGGUGCUCCAUGACACCGUGAAGUUUGAUUGUUUCACAAUCGGUAGUGACGAGGACUUGCAGGUCAUGUUUCUUUCUCGUAGGCAGUUUCCCGAGGUAAGGACACCAGAGCUGUUGGAAAAGUUGGUUGAUGUGGUAUCUAGCUCGGGUGGUUCGAACCGGAAUGCCACUACUAUAGCCGCGGUUGCCGGCUCGAGCUCGAGACCUGCUGUUGCUUCAUCCUCUGCUCCUGUGUAUGAGCCACCGAUGCAGCCUGUUGCGUCCCCUUCGUUUGCCGUUGAUCUGAGCGGCAAUGUUGGAGACGAGGUUCGGUAUGGGGAACAUAUUCCCACCGAGGUACAUUGUCCCACACCGGCUGGUGUUGGUGAUGGUUUGUUUGAUGAUCCAGAUGACGAUGACGUAGAGCCGGAUAUGAUCGUUCCAGUACAAGGUCGUUGA